AUGACCCGCAACUCGAUGCCUCCUAUCAUUCACCAACUCCAAAACGCAGAGUCCGUGUCGUCUCAAGUAUCAAUCCUUCGGAAUCUUAAGAAUGAGACAAUUGGUCAUGAUCAGCGGAAGGAGACCUGGGUCAGGUGGGGGAUAAUUCCGAGUCUGGCUCAAGUGCUUGCGUUGCGCCAGCAUACCGGUAAAAAUGUCGCAACUUCGGAGCUCAAUGGAGCUAGCGACCAAGGCUCUUCUAAGCCAAAGUCGGAACAGGAUGAAGCGUGCUUACAGGCGAUCAUCGUUCUUGGUAGUUUGGCACAAGGCGGCCCGGCUUUCCUCUCCCCAAUCCUAGCCAGCGGUGUCCUCUCGAACCUUCUUUCUAUUCUGUCGUCUCUCGAUUUCCCUUCCUUCUUUUGCUUGCCCAUUCUCCGUGCUCUCAAUAAUGUCGCUGACCGACUGCCACUCCAAAGCCAACAUGAUCGCUCAAGGGAUACUCGUUUAGCCGAAUUGCUUUUCCAAAAGGAAUAUGUGGAAUGUCUGGCCCGUAUACUUGGACAGGAUUAUGGUACUCACCAGGCUCAGGCGUCGAUUGAACUUACAGCAUCGCUCAUUGGCAAACUGUGCACGAAGGAAACGCACAAGGCUCUUUUGGCUGACUGCGGGGUGCUGGAUGCCCUAUCUGCCAAGGUUGCCUCCUUUGUUGUCGCCCAAGGCUUCGUUUUGCCCGGUGCAGAGAAGCAUAUCGGGGCACCUGGGGCUCUAGGGACGCUUCCUUCCCCCGCACCCCCAUCCGCCAAACUGGCACCCAUCCUUCGUGCAGUUGCAAUCAUCAUCGAACAUUCGAAAUGGCGUGCGGAACACUUUCUCUCGUCUCCUGGAAUAGUGACAGUUUUCCCGAAGCAGCUGCCGGACUUUGCACCCAGUGAUGUCAAAAAGGGUCCCUGGGGUUCCACCUACCUAUCCGGAUCUGCCGUACCACGCCAUCCUGGGGCGAGUCCGGUCGAACAUCUCUUGCCGUCUGUUCCCAUCCCACAAUCAAAGAAUUCACCAAGCGCAUUGAACUUCCCGCCUCUGGGUCAAGGCAGCCGCCGACACAAUCAGCCCUUUCCUACGCCUUUCUCUCUCUUUGAAACACCGGCCGCUGAAGAUGAUGAGAAUACCAUCGUACCCUGGCUUCUAUACGUCCUCCGAUCUGAGAGUGGCAUGGUACGACUGAUGGCAGCUCGCUUGGUUACUGUACUGUUCCGCCUAGGUCUCACCAAGAAGCAUCGGGUUUCCAUGCUUGGCUUCCUGUUGAUCCCCAUCCUAAUUCGGUUACUUGACAAAGAGUCUGAUGCUUGCGGAGGGGAAGACACCGGGUAUGAAGGCUUGAUCCCCACAACCAAGCGUCUCCGGGAAGAAGCGCCAGCAGUGUUGGCCUUGUUGGUGAUGGAUGACCAGGAGUUGCAACGACAUGCGGUGGAGGGUGGGGCAAUUAAGCGGCUUUCUCAACUUCUGAAGGAGUCUUAUAACCCGUUGCAGGAGGCCGCACGGCCGAUGUGGCAUGCAGAAGAAGAAGAAAGUGAGCAGGGAUUUGAAGGAUCACUAACCCCCGAGUACCAACUCGGUCCUCCGGGGCUUUCUCCGAUGCACUGCCAUGUGAUGCGGUACCGGGAGAAUAUCCUCAAAGCUCUAGCAGCCCUGAUUCCUUUCAAGGAUGAAUAUCGCAAGGCGGUCUGUGAGAACGGAGUGGUCCCCUAUAUUAUCGAUUCUCUCAAGCCGUCCUCGAGUGAACCGCCUACGGAAGUGGCCAACCCGAAGAAUAGUGUAGUAGAUGGCAAUCCGAUACCAACAUUAUUGGCCGCCUGUGGUGCCGUUCGAAUGCUUACCCGGUCCGUUAGCGCUCUGAGGACCAGCCUGAUAGAUGCCGGUGUUGCAACCCCAUUAUUUGUUCUCAUCAGACACCCGGAUAUUGAGGUGAGGAUUGCCGCAACGUCGGUGAUCUGUAAUCUGGUUCUGGACUUUAGCCCAAUGAAGGAGGCUAUCAUCUCUGCCGAAACCCUUCCUCUGCUCUGCGAGCACGCUCAUUCGUCGAACACGAAACUUCGAAUCGAGUCCCUUUGGGCACUGAAACAUGUGUCUUACAAUGCUACUAAUGAUGUCAAAAUUAAAAUAGUCGACUCUUUAACCCCUGACUGGAUUAAGCAAAUUAUUACGCAGGACCCGACAAGGGCAGUGCCCAAGCGAGGGCUAAAUGCAGAUAUGGAGAACAUUACUCCGGUAGGCAUGGGGCGAGCCAACUCGGCUGGAGAGCAAGUCGACUUGCUGAACCCUGUCGAUGACUCCCAUGACGGUGGUGGUUAUGAUGAAGAUAUGAAUAUGUCGGAUCCAGUCCCGCAGUCAAAAAUGAGCCUGGGUUCAUUCCUUCCGGAUGCGGGCCGACGGCGCAAAUUAGCCCUGAAUGGUGACCUAGAUCAGACAACGCAAGCCCGGCAGGACGAUAUUGCGGUGCAAGAACAGACACUUGACCUGAUUCGCAACCUGAUCUGUGGGCACGAAUCCUCAGAGGUCAUUGAUUAUCUGUUCAAACAUAUUGGCGAAGAUGUGAUCCUGGAUGCGCUGGCGGACAAACUGCGGCCCCGGUCGAUACCGCUUCCUCCUCGACAACAGCCAUCGUCGGAUAGAACAGCACUCCAAGUUCCGACCGAGAUUGUGGCGUCCGUUACAUAUGUCUUGAUUCACCUCGCCGCGAGUCUUCCUCGGCAUCGUGACCUUUUGAUGGAACAUCGCGAUCUGUUGCUCAACAUGAUGAGCUACUUUAACCACAACCACCGCGACGUGCGGGCAAACUGCGUCUGGGUAAUCAUUAACCUGACAUAUCCAGAUGACAACGCAGACCGGGAUGCGUCUAGCGGACGAGCGUUCAGGCUACGAACACUUGGCGUUCUGGAUCGACUUAGCAACUUGUUCGAAGAUCCGGAUCUGGAUGUGCGCGAACGGACCAAGACGGCUGAGCAUCUGCUCCGGUCUUCAGAUAACGAUAGGUCCGUGCGGACAGGAUCUGGGUAG